CUGCGGCGACGAUUUGGCGCGUCGACGGUCGGACGCGUCGCCCGUCUAGCGUACGACAGUAUUCGGCUAGCAGUGAUCGUGUGAGCAGUAUCCCAAGCGCGGGCGCACAUAUACACUUUGGUCCCACACAUACGCCACAAGCGUGAUUCCGACAAAAUGGCUGGCGGCAAAGCGGGCAAGGAUUCGGGUAAGGCGAAAGCCAAAGCGGUGUCGCGCUCGGCGCGAGCUGGACUCCAGUUUCCGGUGGGCAGAAUUCAUAGGCAUUUGAAAAAUCGCACGACAAGCCACGGACGUGUCGGUGCUACCGCUGCCGUUUAUUCGGCCGCUAUUCUGGAAUACCUAACCGCUGAAGUGCUGGAAUUGGCAGGUAACGCGUCGAAGGAUUUGAAAGUGAAGCGUAUCACCCCGCGCCAUUUGCAAUUGGCAAUUCGCGGUGACGAAGAAUUGGACAGCUUGAUCAAGGCGACCAUCGCCGGCGGCGGUGUCAUUCCGCACAUCCACAAGUCGCUCAUUGGCAAGAAGGGCGGCACGCACUCGCAGCCCGCCUAGACACCUCCCCCAACUCGCUCGCAACUAGUUAAUAAGACGUGUACAAAAUUUACAUUUAAGAAGAGGAGUGUCGCCGCUGCCAUGGCUGCCAUAAUGUGUUUUAAUAUUUGACGGUACGCAUCCGUGGGACAUUGCGCGCCUCCGCGGACUCAACGGCCGUAAAUGAAUUUCUCUUGGGACGAUACAGGCACAAUCACACGAUCAUCUGAUUUUUCAUAUACAUAUUUGAAUUUAUUAUUAUACAUUAUUCAUUUUUGAGCAUAUGUAACACACUUACACACUGUUUACAAACAUCCAGCCGAGAGUGAAGCUGUUUCUACCAUUUUAUUUCCGCAAAAACAUUUUCGAAGUGGUGCACACUUAACCGUACACUAUAGUUCAGUUCAUUAAUGUGCCUUGAAGAAGUAAGCGGAUCAUAUUAGCACUCAAUAAAAUAACGUUAAGCGAAUGAUGCAAACAAAAAAAAGUUUAAAAGACGUAUACAAUGAACGACACUCUUGAGGCGGAAGAAUGAAUGCAAAUGACUGCUGAUUCUUUGUUGUUUUCUUUUUUCGUCGGUAGUUUUGAAGGAUUGGAAGGCCGAACGGUUUUAAUUUGUACUUGUGUUUAUUAUAUUUACUGUAAUGACUUUUUAGCAUUUAACUACCAUUUAUUUAGAUUUAAAUCACUUUGAUUUUAUUCUGUUUCCUUUACAUAUUUCGACAACAUAUUCGAUACUAUAAAAUAAAAGAAAUAAUUGAUAAUAAAGUAAAUUUUUCAUAAA